ACCAUAUAUAGCUUGUCCACACACUUUCUAAAUCAGUUCUACCGGUCUCGUCCGGAUUUAUCCUAGAUGCGAUCGUAUGCAUACUAUUUAUAUUUACAGCUGACGUCAGAAAUCUUACGCGAAAGCAUUCUACGAUCCUGGAUCAGUGAACAAUGAAGGCCGGUGAUGAUGCAGACAGCGAAAUGGAGCGGCAGCUCUCGUGUGCGAUAUGUUUUGAGCUGUACACCGACCCCAUGCUCCUCCCCUGCCUCCACUCCCUGUGCAGGAAUUGCGUCCGGGCCAUGACAAAGGACGGCACCGAAAGCGUGUUUAAGUGUCCAGAAUGCCAACAGGAUGUUUGUUUAGAAGACAAGGGUAUCUCCACUUUAAAGAGGAACUUUCCCAUGAGCAAUAUGGUAGCUAUUUACAAACAGGGGGCUAAGAAACGCCGACACUCUCCCGACAAUCGACUGUCUACUGGAUCUGCUUGUCCGCCUUCCAGUCGAUUCCAUUUCUCUCCAAUUGCAGACCAGAAGAGACCUUAUUCAGAUAGAGAUGUAGGAGUCCUGUCAAGUCAACAACGGAGUCAUAGUCCUGCUGGCGAAAUUUCUGUUGAGUAUAGGACAGCUGCAGCAUCGCAUUUGUCGUCGAAUUUGACAUCGAAUCAAAGGCAUAUCAGUUCUAAUUAUACAAGUGCUCCAGACACACCUUCCAGGAACCCUGACAUUUUAAAUAACCCACGCCGUCAAGUUAUUGUUUCCGUGAACACUGGCAAUUUAAAUCAUCCAAGUGGUCCAGCAACAUCUUCAAGGGACCUUGUCAAUCGGAAUUCUGCCAGAGUUGAAGCAAUAUCUCCAAGAACAGACAGUCCGACGACAUUAGCUGCUGGAGCACCAGGCUCAUCGGCGCAUACUGCGGGGCAGGAUGUAGACUUCCAGGCAGAGGUUCCCAGAGAGUGCUCCCCGUGCGACAGGAAGCCCCCGUGUCGAGCCACGUACCACUGCAGCGAGUGUUUCAUGUCGUUCUGCGAGCGCUGUCUGGCCGAGGUGCACCCCCGCACUGGAACCACCGCCAGUCACCCAGUCUACAAGCUUGACGAACAAAGGGAAUCCGCAGAUGAAGAACAAGAUUCGGCCAACUGUCCACUAUGUGACCCGACACAGGCGUCACUAGCUACAAGUCGCUGCGUCCAAUGUGGCCUGACAUUCUGUGAGCGGUGUCUGCGAGCGUUUCAUCCCACGGUAGAAUCCUCCCCUGAACACACACUGGUACCACUAGCACACAUAGGACGUCCAGCCCUGGGAGGAUGUGACGCAGAACCUGCAGGACAUCUAGCCCUAACAGGGUGCCAAACAGGGCCGGCAGUAGAAGGUAUCCCUCCUCCAACAUCACUUAUAGCAUCGCCUACUGCCCCACCUGCAGAGUCAGCUAGAGUAAUAGGUACAACAGAGUCGUCAGUAUCAGCUAUGUCAGUAGCUACGUCAUCAGUAUCAGCUUCGUUGUCGUGUUCGUCAUCAGCUAGUGCAUUAGCUGCAGCACACCAUUCACCAGCUGUUACCGGAGACCGCAGCAGAAGCAAUACGCUGGAGACUGGACAUCACGACCAGAACGCCAACUUGAGCCAACAGCCAAUCGGAUUGCUUGGUCAUGUUCGUCAAGUUAGUCAGCGAUUGUCUUCUCUUGUGUUUGGUGCUUCAACAUCCGAGGUGACAGGGGCUGAAAUUGCCAAUAGACCAGUAGCAACAACGACAACCCCUACAUCCGAACAACGAGCGUCAGUAAACAACGAUAUCAUCACUCAAGCCCAGUGUCUGCUGAGUCAUCGAUGUUCUCUGUGCACCGAGUGGGCAAAAGGUAUGUGUCUGGACUGCGACAUCUAUUACUGCGACCGAUGCAUCGUCUUCCACGGCUUUCCCAACCACACCGUUGUUGACAUCACAGUGCCAAAGGACGUUGCCGGGCGUGAACGGAGGAAUCGAGAUUCAUUCCAGGUAAUGACGAAAUGCUACACGAAUAAUCGUUCGCUGACAUGGCGGAUCCAGGUGUUUGUGAAGGGGGGAUCAUAUAUUUUAGUCGAAGGCAAACGAGGCCGCUUCAAAAGGGAGCAAGAUCUUAAGGGAGUUCGGUACAUGCUCCCUGGGUAAAGUCACACACACACACAUACACACCGAGACACACACAUACACACACAAAGAUAUAUAUAUAUAUAUAUAUAUAUAUAUAUACAACGUGUUUCUAUUAUUUCAUAUUAUACCAUACUCCAAUAUUUGUUUUUAUGCGUAUUAAAUUUAAGAUAUCACGGAUUAUGGUGACUUUCAACCCUUCCCAUACAAAUGAAAGAGCACCUUAUUUAGCAAUAAUUUGGUUACAUUUUCCAUCGUAUUGCCCUUUUUAGGCAGUUCGUCAAAGUGCCCGUCUGCCCUUGAUUCCCUCCCUAGAAUAUUUCGUGGUUCUGUCCUCACACAUCAUGUACACAUAAUAU